UUUGGACGACUUGCACCAUCUCUUCAGUAACUUUGAUGGGGAAUUCGACAUUAAGCAGGGAAAAUGCCUGUGAUGAAGGGAUUACUAGCGCCGCAGAACACGUUUCUGGACACUAUAGCCACUCGGUUUGAUGGCACUCACAGCAACUUCAUCCUGGCCAAUGCUCAGGUGUCGAAGGGGUUUCCCAUUGUGUACUGCUCCGAUGGCUUCUGUGAGCUCACAGGCUUCUCUCGGGCAGAGGUCAUGCAGAAGAGCUGCGCCUGUAAGUUCCUGUAUGGUCCUGAGACAAGCGAAAGCAUCAUCCUCAGCAUCGACGAGGCUUUGGAGGAGCGCAAAGAGUUUAAGGAUGAGAUCAUGUUCUACAAAAAGACAGCUGUGUUGUUCUGGUGCCUGCUGGACAUUGUGCCAAUUAAGAACGAAAAAGGCGACGUGGUGCUCUUUCUGGCUUCAUUUAAGGACAUCACUGACACUAAAGUCAAAGCCAUCCAAGAAGACAAGAGGGAAGAGCGACGGCGCGGCAGGGUGAAAACAGGCUCUCCUUUCAGCUCGGCUCGUCUGCGGAGCAGUACCGUACUUUACCACAUCUCUGGGCACCUACACAGCAGAGAGAAGAGCAAGAUUAAACUCAACAAGAAUGUGUUUGGCGACCUACCUGCUCUGCCCGAGUAUAAGGUAGCAGAUGCCAAGAAAUCCAAAUUCAUCUUACUACACUACAGCACAUUCAAAGCAGGAUGGGACUGGUUGAUUCUGCUCGCCACGUUCUACGUUGCCGUGACGGUGCCCUAUAACGUGUGCUUCAUCGGUAACGAUGACGACCUGACCCGCAGCACAACCGUCAGUGACAUUGCCGUGGAGAUAUUGUUCAUCAUAGACAUCGUUUUCAAUUUUCGUACCACUUAUGUCAGCAAGUCAGGCCAGGUGGUCUUCGACGCACGACAGAUAUGCAUCCACUACCUGACCACGUGGUUUAUCAUCGACUUGGUGGCCGCGUUGCCCUUUGACCUGCUCUACGCCGUGAAAGUCAGCGUGGUGUCAGUGGUGCACCUGUUGAAGACAGUGCGUUUAAUUCGACUGCUGAGGCUGCUCCAAAAGAUGGACCGCUACUCGCAGCACAGCACUGUGGUUCUGACCCUGCUGAUGUCCAUGUUUGCCCUUCUGGCUCACUGGAUGGCCUGCAUCUGGUACAUCAUCGGCAAGAAGGAAAUGGAGGACAACACGAACAACUGGGAUAUUGGAUGGCUCCAUGAACUGGGAAAGCGUCUGGAGUCGCCGUACUAUCCCACAGGAGGUGUUAAUGGUUCUGGCAGUGGUCCCUCCAUCCGAAGCGUCUACAUCUCUUCACUCUACUUCACACUCAGCAGUCUCACCAGCGUGGGCUUCGGCAAUGUGUCAGCCAACACUGACGCUGAGAAGAUCUUCUCCGUUUGUGUCAUGCUUAUAGGAGCACUGAUGCACGCUUUGGUCUUUGGUAAUGUGACAGCCAUUAUCCAGAGGAUGUACUCACGCUGGUCUCUGUACCACACCAAAACCAAAGAUCUCAAGGACUUCAUACGUGUCCAUCAUCUGCCGCAGAGCCUCAAGCAGCGAAUGCUGGAGUACUUUCAAACAACCUGGUCGGUCAACAAUGGCAUCGACUGUAACGAGCUGCUGAAGGACUUCCCAGAUGAGCUGCGAUCUGACAUCACCAUGCACCUUAACAAGGAGAUCCUGGAGCUGUCGCUGUUUGCCUCUGCCAGUCGCGGCUGCCUGCGCUCCCUGUCACUGCACAUCAAGACCUCUUUCUGUGCUCCAGGAGAGUACCUCCUUCGACAGGGUGACGCUCUCCAGGCCAUCUUCUUUGUCUGCUCAGGAUCCAUGGAAGUGCUGAAAGAUGGCAUGGUGCUGGCCAUUCUGGGUAAAGGUGACCUGAUCGGAGCAAACCUGUCCUUGGAUAACCGGGUAAUAAAAACCAAUGCAGAUGUGAAAGCCCUGACCUACUGUGACCUGCAGUGUAUCAACCUGAAAGGACUCUAUGAGGUGUUGGACCUCUAUCCUGAGUACUCUCACCACUUCGUCCAGGACAUCCAGCAGGACCUCACGUACAACCUGAGAGAGGGACACGAGGCACACGUUAAGGCCAGACUGUCCACAACAGCUCUAGAGACGCAGUCAGAGGUGAAGAGGAACGGGCGAGUGGUUCAGGGCUAUCCACCUAUCACAGAGGAGCAAGAGGAGCAAGAGGAGCAAGAGGAGCAAGAGGCCGUGACCGUAUCUUUGUUAUCACAGCAGAAACGAGCAGUGAACCUCAGGGGGGCUGGUGAGAAGUCUCCAAUGUGCGGACCCAGCCAGAAGAGCGUGGCACAAAACUCUAGCAGGUCUCGGAGGAAGAUCCAGGAAAUUACUCUCAACACUUUAGAUCCUUCCAAUCUCAGCCCCAGGAUAGUGGAUGGUACUGAAGACAGUCAGGGGACAGAGAGCUCCCUGGCCUUCUCCUUCUCUAACCAAGGCCAUCCUGUCAGUGAACCAACCAGUGCCUCAGCACCAACCACAGAUAUGCUGCGCAUAAGCACAGCCGAAUUAGCAGCUAAAGCGGAGGAGACCAGAGGACAACUGCGACACCUCGAUCAACAGGUGAGCACCCUUCGGAGAGAAGUGGCCGACCUGGGGCAGGUCAUGAAGAGAAUGGCUCAACUCAUGGAGACCCUCAUGACGUCAGUGCCACAACCUGCAGUAGUCUGCCCCACACAUUACUCCCCAGCACGUCACACAUACCUACACCAUUCCCCCUCCCGUCAGAUUUUCCCUUCACCAUUCCCCUCUCAGACUGCCACAGUGUGGACAGAAACACCCAUGUCGUUACCUUCCUCCCCCCUCAUCAUGUCCCAGCAGCAUAGCACAUUGUGCCACUCCCUCAUACACAAAACCCAAGACCUCCUUUUGGGGGACAUAGGUAUUCCCAGCUCAACUCCAUCUCCAACUGCCAGCUCAUUGGCCCUUCAAGUGCAGCCAUCCUCUGUGAUCUCAGAGCCACACAUGCCUUUGUCGCACCUCAGCUCUCCAGAGUUUCCCCACUGCAGAGGCAGGGCUUCUAGCUCCAUUAGGCCAGGUGCACACAGUCCACCUCCGCAGGACGGAGGACAUGAGGGUCUUAUUCAGAGCUCUGGUGGUUCUCCUCAAACUGGACUCGGGGAUGUCAACCACAACCCAACCAAGGAUUUGUAGCAGACCUUAAUCACAAAUGUCUUGGAGUCUGCAGGACUUUCUCAAGAACACUUUUUGGGAUAUUUUCCUAAACUCAAGCUAAGACUGAUAAACUGGGGUCCCCUCUACCACUGGAAAAUGUUUACAGGGACACAACUCAGAUGUUUUUCUUCUUUUUGUUUAAAGGCACGUGUUUCAAAUCCCCAUUGCAUGAAAACAAGUACAGAAGGUUUAGGUGUGUUAGCUUUAACUUAUAGAAACUACGUGUUGUUAGAGGCUUGGGUCGGUUGUGGAGCUCUGGUCUUUCUGGUCCGUAGCGGCAACUAUCAGCUUACCUCCA